GAGAGGCUAUCGGCAAUCUCAUCCUCUCCAUGUUAUCUACCCUCCCACCUCCUGAUUUUGAACUCACAUUAGCCACUGCUGCUGAUCAGGUUGUAAAACAACCAUGGCUUCUGCUACUCUCUCUGUGGCCAAGCCAUCUCUCAAGGUAAACAGUCAGGGGUUCUCAGAAUUUGCUGGCCUUCGCAGUUCAGCAGCUUCUCUUCCCUUCGUCCGGAAAACCUCCGAUGACUUGCUCUCUGUUAUUGCAUUCCAGACUUCUGCUGUGGGCAGGAACGGUGGUUACAGGAAGGGAGUGGUGGAGGCCAAGCUGAAGGUGGCGAUCAAUGGAUUUGGGAGAAUCGGAAGGAACUUCUUGAGGUGUUGGCAUGGCCGGAAGGACUCCCCACUAGACGUCAUUGCCAUCAACGACACAGGCGGUGUCAAGCAGGCCUCCCAUCUUCUCAAGUACGACUCCAUCCUCGGCAUCUUUGAUGCCGACGUUAAGCCCGUUGGUGAUAAUGGCAUCUCAGUUGACGGAAAAGUCAUCAAAGUUGUCUCCGACCGCAACCCCGUCAACCUUCCCUGGAAGGACUUGGAGAUAGACCUGGUGAUCGAAGGGACGGGGGUGUUUGUGGACAGGGAUGGUGCUGGAAAGCACAUACAGGCAGGGGCCAAGAAGGUGCUCAUCACUGCGCCGGGGAAAGGUGACAUACCCACAUACGUGGUUGGCGUUAAUGCCGACGCUUACAACCCGGAUGAGCCCAUCAUCAGCAAUGCCUCCUGCACCACCAAUUGCCUUGCCCCCUUUGUCAAGGUGCUCGACCAGAAAUUCGGCAUCAUCAAAGGUACCAUGACGACCACCCAUUCCUACACUGGAGACCAGAGGCUUCUUGAUGCAAGCCACCGUGAUCUUCGCCGUGCACGAGCUGCAGCUCUAAACAUAGUCCCAACUUCGACUGGUGCCGCAAAAGCCGUGGCCCUUGUUCUUCCUAGUUUGAAAGGGAAGUUGAAUGGCAUUGCCCUCCGUGUGCCCACGCCUAAUGUCUCAGUUGUUGACCUCGUUGUUCAAGUGUCAAAGAAGACCUUUGCAGAGGAGGUAAAUGAAGCUUUCAGAUCUACUGCUGGAAAAGAGCUCAAGGGUAUCCUAUCUGUGUGCGAUGAACCUCUUGUCUCAGUGGACUUUAGGUGCAGUGAUGUGUCGUCAACUGUGGACUCUUCACUAACUAUGGUUAUGGGAGAUGACAUGGUUAAGGUGAUUGCUUGGUAUGACAAUGAAUGGGGUUAUUCGCAGAGGGUAGUUGAUCUUGCUGACAUUGUUGCCAGCAAUUGGAAGUGAUCUUCGAUUUCCUGCCGUUUCUGGACUUGUCUCCCAGUUUUCUUGUAGAUUUAUGAUUUUGAAGAUAUGUAAUCAGAUGUGAACCUGGUUUUUUUUUUUUGGAUGAGUACCGAUUUUAUUCAUCCAGCUAUCAAAAGAAAUGCAAAGCAGCAACGUAUUUGAAAUAA